AUGCAUAAGCACCAGCAUUUGUUACCGAUUUUUGUUGCUCUUUGUGCAGCUUUUGCCUUGAUAGAUGAAGUUGAUGGCGAGUAUUUGAUUGGAGUCGGAAGCUACGAUAUGACGGGUCCUGCCGCUGGGGUUAACAUGAUGGGCUACGCUAACAUAGAUCAGAAUACGGCCGGAAUCCAUUUCCGACUACGAGCGAGAACUUUCAUCGUUGCUGAAAGUUCUCAAGGUGCAAGGUUUGCUUUUGUUAAUCUUGAUGCAGGCAUGGCAUCGCAGCUUGUCACUAUAAAAGUGCUUCAGAGACUCAAAACAAGGUUCGGAGAUUUGUAUACACAAGAAAAUUUGGCGAUCAGUGGCACGCAUACACAUGCUGGGCCUGCUGGUUACUUGCAGUACGUGGUUUACUCUGUUACUUCACUAGGGUUUAUCAACCAAACGUUCGUUGCGAUUGUCACGGCGAUCGAGCAAAGCAUUAUUCAGGCUCACAACAACCUAAAACCUGGCUCAAUCUUGUUGAACACCGGGGAUGUGGAAAAUGCGGGAAUAAAUAGGAGCCCAAGUGCGUACCUGUUCAACCCUCCAGAAGAAAGGGCUAGAUACACCACCAACGUUGAUACAACAAUGACCCUGUUGAAGCUUUUGGAUAGUGCAAGCAAUAGGAGCAUAGGUGCAUUCUCCUGGUUUGCCACGCAUGGAACGUCCAUGAGCCGAGAAAACAGGCUCAUCAGUGGAGACAACAAAGGCGCCGCUGCCAGGUUUUUUGAAGACUGGUUCACUUUUAGCAACAAUUCCCUCUCUACUCGAAACACCAAGUUUUCUACCAUUCAAAACAUCAGCACACUAAGAAACAAAGCUCAAAAGAUCAAGGCCACGGGAGGAAAACCCUGUGGGAAAACAACCAGCCAAGGCUUCAAGGUGAGAAAAAACGAUGGGUCCAGAUUUGUGGGGGCUUUCUGCCAAUCAAAUGUUGGAGAUGUGACCCCAAAUGUGCUAGGAGCAUUUUGCACAGACACUGGCAAGCCUUGUGAUUUCAAUCACUCGUCUUGUAAUGGCAAUGACCAGCUUUGCGUGGGGCGUGGCCCUGGAUACCCAGAUGAAAUAUUGAGCACAAAGAUCAUAGGAGAGAGGCAAUUCGAAAAGGCCAUGGAGCUAUUCAGUUCUGCUACUAAUCCUUUGAGUGGAAAAAUUGAUUACCGCCACGCGUAUAUAAAUUUCACCAGCAUUGAAGUGCAAUUGAAUGAAAGUACCGUGGUAAAGACUUGUCCAGCGGCUGUUGGAGCGGGUUUUGCUGCUGGAACUACAGAUGGGCCCGGAGUGUUCGGUUUUCAACAAGGAGACACCGAGAUAAAUGAGAUGUGGAAACGAUUAAGGGACUUGUUGAAAGAGCCUAGCCAGUAUCAGGUAGAUUGCCAAAAACCCAAGCCCGUUUUGCUUAGCACUGGCGAAAUGUUUGUCCCCUAUGCUUGGGCGCCCGCUAUACUCCCAAUUCAAAUUCUGAGGUUGGGGAAUUUUGUUAUCUUAUCUGUGCCUGGAGAGUUCACGACAAUGGCUGGUCGGCGGCUGAGGGAAGCAGUUAAAGAGACAUUGAUAAAUAACGGGAAUGGAGAAUUUGAUAACGAGACACGUGUUGUAAUGGCAGGGCUCACAAACACUUAUUCUCAGUAUAUAGUAACUUUUGAGGAGUACAAGCAGCAGCGAUACGAGGCUGCUUCAACACUAUAUGGUCCUCAUACAUUAUCAGCUUACAUCCAAGAGUUUAAGAAACUUGCAAAAGCAAUGGCUACUGGAGAACAGCUCGGUGGAACCGGCUUGUCACCUCCGGAUCUUUCCUCUGUUCAACUCAGCCUCUUACAAGAUCCUCUAGGAGACUCACCGCCCCCUGGCAAAAGAUUUGGAGACAUGCAGCAAGAUGUUGCUCAACCAAAAGGCGGAUCAUUCAAGAAGGGAGAUAAACCGAGUGCUACGUUUUGGAGCGCUAAUCCAAGAUAUGACCUGCUGAUAGAAGGCACAUUUGCAGUAGUAGAGAUGCUUCAAGGGGAGAGGUGGGUUCCAGUGUACGACGAUGACGAUUUUUGCUUGUAUUUUAAGUGGAAUGUAACAGUUGAUAACGGUAGUUUGUAUGGUUUAGUAACCAUUGAAUGGGGAGUGCCAGAGGAUGCUGCUUCCGGUGUUUAUCGGCUCAGGCACUUUGGAUCGUCUAAGAAAACGAAGGACUCUCCAAAUGAGUACUUUACAGGCGCAUCCAGUGCAUUCACAGUGUCAUGA